CAAAUUUCAUACCUCAUCUUCCUCCGGCCAACUGAGCGGGACCCAAGUUAGUAUUUAUUUAGAACGCGUGGCCUUUUCCCAGUUCCCCCUAGACCCUAGUCAGCUACCGACUACCGUUACCCGCCAAAGGGGAGCGGAGUUUGGCCAUAACGAUGUCGUAUGAGUCUUUCCAACCAGUCACUAUUAGAGCGAGGAAUCAGAUUAGUUCCCCCCCUUCUUCACCAUUCUCUGCAGAAUCAGCAGCAGCUAGGGUGCACACAAAAAAAAAAAAAAAAAAAAAGGUGUUCAAAGGUUGCGCCUUUCGUCGUCUACCUCGUAAAUUCUCUGCGAACACCCUUCACACUGUUUGGAUGUGUAUGGCGGAAGACCCAGCUCGUCUUGGUGCGUAGUUUGCUUGCAGGUUCUAAUUCUCUCUUCCGCCUAAAUUUUGCUGGUUUCUGUUGAGGGGAUUCGAUCUUUAUGUUCCCUUUUUCCAAUGGAUUUUGAAGAUAGGAAAUUGAAUCUUACUUUCCCCCCCGUGUCGGGUAUUUGUUGUUUCUUUUUAGCCGAUAGAUAAGAGCGAGAAGAUUGGCAGGAAGAACGAAAAGGGAGCGAAUUCAUCCUUUCUAGGGUUCUUAUUUUCUGGUUUUGUUCAGGGUGGGAAAAUAUGGAAGCGUCCUCUUCUUCGUCGUCGGUGAUAUCUCCGGAAGACGUGUUGGAAUGUCUCAUGAACGACGGCACAAUUGAUGCUCUGAGAUUGAAGAUCAUCAAUCAGCUCAAGGCCAAUGAAGAGCUGAAGAAUACAACCAUCAAAAUGGCCGAGCAGAGUAAGGUUUUAAAUACCCCUGGCGCAGAGAAACAGACCAAGAGGGAACUAUUCGAUGCACUUCGACAAGAACUUGAAACUCCGGUGCUCGAAAAGGCUUCGAAAUCGGUAUGGGAAUUGAUUCUGGACAACAAUGGACUGGGGAAAGAAAUAAGUGAAACGGUCGAAAGAGUGUUCUGCAAAUUAAGCGGCCAAGAGCCUCCGUUGUUUCCGCCUCCGAGUAAUCCUGAACCACAAGCUUCCAGGGUGAAAGAGAACAAGAAAGAGGCAGAGAAAGAAGAGGAGUUGACGAUAGCAAGUCUGAAGGAUAACUCUAUGUUGAAACAUCCGAAGAAAAGGCGGUACAACGAGAUUAACAAUGAGAGAAGUGGUGCUGCGAAUGAAGUUGCAAGAAAAUCGGCCGAUGAUCGAUCAAGUAAAUCUCCUCAUUCAAAGACUUUGAACCUUACUUAGAAUCGAAUGAGACCAUCAAGCAAAACAGAGAAUUUAUUGUAAUGUCCCUUCUCUUCAGUAGAAUGAUUUUCAGAAACAUAGUUCUUAAAGUCUUUUCGCAUAGAGUUUUUGUUUUCAUUGUCAAGUGCAAACUUAUGAGUUGAAUGAGAAUCUAUUAACAUAUCUGUCAUUGUCAUCCAAAAAUUUAAUUAUUAAUAUUUGUUGUCAGGAGAGACUCAAACACAAGAUCUCUCUAUGAAUGUAUAGAAUAUCAAUUUAUCACAACAAUUCAAAUUGUUAUAGGAAGAUUACAGUACUAUAUCCUUCCUUUGCCAUGAGAAAACUUGACAAGAAAUUCCAUUUAUUCUG